GCAGUGGUGCGCUCGCUCAGAGGGGGAGAAAAGAGCCGCCGAGGAGGGCAGAAACACAAGAGAGGGGCAGUUUUUUUUUCUACCACAGCACCGCGGCUUGGGGAACAAACCAACUGUGUCGAGUUGGCUGGCAUGGAGCUGAGCGUUGCCGUUCUGAGCCGUUUCGAGCCGUCCACCUAAAAAGCCGGGGCAUUUCGGGGGCAGUUUGCUGUUGGUCCCGGGGGUUCGUGGAGCCCGUGUGAAUCUGUUGCUAGCAGCGCUCGAAUGCUAGUUAGCUCCGCUGCUAAGCAGCUAGCCAACACUGCGAAUCAAUUGUGUCGGAGAUCUCGGAUUUACGUUUAAAAGCGCUCGCGUUCGUCCGCUGCUCUCGGGAUUCGUUUUGACCGUUGAGUUUUGUCUUUUUCCCAAGUGAGGAGACGUUAAUAAGCGAACGCGUGAGUUUCUAUUUCGAUUUAUUUUCAAGCAGGGACUUUUUUUCCUCCUCUCUAUUAGCUUGUUAGCCGCUCUGGUUGGUUUAGUCCAGCUUGUUAGUAGUGUCUGAGAUUUCUACUGUAAUAGCUGUCAGCGACAACAGCCUCUUGACGAAAAGCCAGAUUGUUGACAUGAACGGUUUUAUCGCGGACUGCGAGUUGUUUAGAGAGGCGAUACUUUGAGAUGCCGCGCGUGGGAUACUUCAUGUUUCCAGGGACGCUUUUAUUUUCUUGUUAGACUGCUUUAUGGGAGUGCUAGUGUGCAGCGUUUUGCUUUAGACAAUACUGGUUUUUGCAGGAAUUGCACGCGGUCUGAUAUUUUCUUUUUCCCCCCAUGCAAACUAGUUAUUCACCUUUUCCCAUCAAUCGCGCAUCGUUUUGAUGUGGUUAAAUCCCACAUUCCAGUCGCGCUCGCGUUGUUUUCUUUAUCUAACGUUAGUGAUUCCUUGAGCUCCACGGCUGUAUUCACGCUGCUGGUGGUACAUGGUCACCAAGACAGAUCGCUGAUACAGGUUUUCAUUGGUUUGCGGUCGGGGAAACGGCGAGAUUCGGCUUUAAAGUAUUAUGGAUGAACAGACCCGAAUGCUGGCUAGCAUGGGCGGACUCGGCGGACUCUCUCAAGCCGACGUGGGUGACCCCGAUUCGGUUCGGAAGCAGCAGUCCCUCGGUCAACCGCAGCAAGACAUAGGGGAUAUUCUCCAGCAGAUCAUGGCCAUCACCGACGAGAGCCUCGACGAAGCCCAGGCGAGAUGCUGGCCAGAGGAGGCACCGGCGCAGUGGACCCCACAGAGGGAGGGGGAGCUGGGGGGGAGCACAGCAGGGUGUGCCCUGCCGCUCAACUUCCAGCACAGAAAACACGCACUGAACUGCCACAGAAUGAAGCCGGCUCUCUUCAGUGUUUUAUGCGAGAUCAAAGAAAAAACUGUGCUGAGCAUCAGAGGCGUACAGGAGGAGGACCCCCCGGACCCCCAGAUCAUGCGUCUGGAUAACAUGCUGCUGGCCGAGGGUGUGUCUGGGCCCGAGAAGGGUGGCGGAUCAGCGGCGGCGGCAGCAGCUGCGGCAGCGGCCGGAGGAUCACCCAACGACGGCAGCAUCGAGCACUCCGACUACAGAGCCAAACUCGCACAGAUCCGCCAGAUCUACCACUCCGAACUAGAGAAAUAUGAACAGGCCUGCAGUGAGUUCACCAAUCACGUGAUGAACCUGCUGAGGGAACAGUCCCGCACACGGCCUAUCUCACCCAAAGAGAUCGAGCGCAUGGUGGCCAUCAUCCACCGCAAGUUCAGCUCUAUCCAGAUGCAGCUCAAGCAGAGCACCUGUGAGGCCGUCAUGAUCCUCCGCUCUCGCUUCCUCGAUGCCAGACGUAAGAGACGCAACUUCAAUAAGCAAGCCACAGAGGUGCUGAACGAGUACUUCUACUCUCACCUGUCCAACCCUUACCCCAGUGAGGAAGCCAAGGAAGAGUUGGCCAAGAAAUGUGGGAUUACUGUCUCUCAGGUCUCGAAUUGGUUUGGCAACAAGAGAAUUCGGUACAAGAAGAACAUUGGUAAGUUCCAGGAGGAAGCAAACCUGUACGCCGUUAAAACAGCCGUGGACGCUGCCAAUGUGUCGGCACAGGCCAGCCAGGCAAACUCUCCAGCAACACCCAACUCAGGGUCAUCUGGGUCGUACACCCUUUCUCACACAGGAGAUGCCUACCUCGGGCUGCGGUCACUCAACGGGGAUGGCGUCAGCGUCACUCCCGCUGUGCAGCAGGGGGAUAUCCUGCACCGUGCUACACACCUGACGGCAGGCUAUGAAGAUCUGUCAGGAAGUCCUCUUUACACCCCACACCGUUUAGACGCUAACAACAGCUGGCAAGACAACACCAACCCUUCCUCCAUCACCUCUCCACCAGGACCUCCUGGCAGCAUCCACUCCGACACCUCCAGCUAAUGCAGCUCGCGAUACGCCACACACACACACACGCGCACACACACUGACACGCAGCAUCUCAUCAUCCUGUCUCGCCUGUUCUCACAGCUUUCGUCCUUCACUCUAAAGGUCUUCCAUAGUCCUCGUUCCUCUUCAUGGUGUGCCAGGGUUCUUAGGCUGAACCAGACUGACAAACACACACACACACACGCUCCCCUCGUGCAAAAGACGCAGAACGUCACAUUUGCUGUGGAUGAGUCUGAAUAAACCCCACAUCCUCUUCAGCAGUCUUUGUGUGGACCGUUUCCGCCCAACUCCACGUUACCUUUCCUGUUCCGACCCGUCAUGAUGGGGAUUACGCAACAACUCCCUCCUUGCUUGUACCAAAGUGCUGUCAACGGUUGUCGCACCUUCCGCUCGUCGAAGAACAACCUCAGACAACUGACCCAUGAGAACGCCAUUUAGUCUGCUUUUUAAAUAUGGUUUCCAAUAUCGCUAAGCGAAGCAAGCGUUUCUCUCAAAACAAUCUGUCCUGCAUUGUUCAACGUUGUGUUAAGCACAAAUCCCAUCAAUCACACUUUGAGCUGGUGGUCGGAUGGAGAGGAAUCCACCCGUGUAAAGGUACGCCGGAUAUUUGAACACUUGGGUGCGGAGGAGACGAAGGGCGAUUGAUUUCACGUUUCCUCGCUACUUGUCCACUUUCUCAACAGAUGUUGACAUCGACCUUCUUGUUUUUAAUAGUUUAGCCAGUGUUUUUUUUAUUAUUUUUUCACCCCCCACAAAGAUGCACCAGCCACCAAAUAAAAGACUCGACAGGAACUCAACCUUGUUUGGGGGGAAAGGGGUUGGACGGAUAGCUGGAGUGUUUGUUUAGAUUGGGAGUGGGACAUGGGGGUGGGUGUUUAGAAAUAUUUUUAAAGGGAAAGAAAAAAAGAUAUUCCACUGUCUUCCAUGCAUGUAGGGUGUUGAGAUGUUUUAGUGAUUCCAUUUAGCCUAACGUUUGGUUUUUUGUUUUUAAAAAAAAAAAAAAAGAUACUAUAAAAGGAGGGGGGGGUGUGUGUAAGUAAACAGACCAAAUAAACAACUCCAGAAACAAAAAAACGACACGUCAUACUGCCCGAACCAGCACUUCCAGCUGGCGUUUGGUUUCACUAGGACUUCCGUGGUAUUUUAUCGAUCGCACGAUUUCGUAACAGGCAUCCGUGACACACUGACCACGAUACCCGAACCUUUCUGAGGAGGCCAUGCCAAUAAUUCUGACUAGGAGAAGCUUGUUACUUUUGAUUAGCCGUGUGCGCCACGGCUGCUCACGUUACUGUGUUGUGUGUACGGGUGUCUGUUUUAUAAGGGUCGGGUUGUCUCGUCACUCGCUCGUGCUUUUGAACUGAUUGUAUUGUACGUGCAAUUGAAAGCACCUGUUCCUUGGUAAAGCAUGCUGUCUUUUUAGUUUUUUAUUUUUUAUUGUUGUUGCCUACAAUUUCACUAAACAAAGGAACUCUUUUGUUUUUUUUUUUGUUUUUUUAGUAAUCAGUUGACAUAGCCAAGCAACAAGGGCUUUUCUCCUUUCAAAUUUAACCAAAAAUAAGCACUGGAUGUGUCGUGAUUUGAAACAGAUGGACUAAAGCUGGUAGAGGAACAUCAAAUGAAUUUCUAUUUAGUUUUUUCCAGACAAGACGGACGAGUUGUUUUUGUAUCCCCGCUUUUUUUUUUUUUUCCUCUCUCUUCCCCCCCCCCCAAGUUUACCUUUAGUCACGGAAGCACCAGGGCGUUUUGAUAAAUGAAUGGAAAUUCUAUAUAUUACACAAAGGACUUAAUAAGAUUGAAAUGUAAAUUGGGGUUUUGUUUAUAUGUACACAUGGAAAAACAAACUCUGAGGAGCUUUUCAAGCUAUUAUUCAGAUCAUUGUGUCCUCUAUAGAUUACUGCUAGUUCUAAACAUUUCACAUGGAUAUCUCCCAACUAAUGCUAUUACUACACCAAAUUUCGUUUUUUUGUUUUGUUUUCUAUCAGUCAUCUAUGGAUGUCACUGUACAGAUUGUGGAAUGUUUCAGUGUAUUUUCUCUUUUUGUACGCUUUUAUUUUUUUGUUUGUUUUUUUAUCGCUGGGGGUUUUGGAUUCGCUCAUGAGCAAGAGUAAUAUUUGUUAGUCUUUGUAAUAUUCAUUUUAGCGUUUCAGUUACAUUUUAUUGGGAUCGGGAGUCUCGAGUUAUUGUUUUUGUGUGUGGUUUUGUCCGAGCUGGUCGCAUUUGUUUUGAGGUUGCUAUGAAAAUUCCCUCACACUACGAAAUUGACAGAUUGAGACGUUUUAUUGGAGUACAUGUAACAGAAUGAUGAUUUUGAACACUACAUAUCUGGUAGAUCUGGCUGAAAUGUCUUUUUACCCCCAUGACCUGUUUUACUUAAGUGAACCGAUAAACUGUUUGCCAAUUUGUGAUUAUGAUCUGAGGUGGAUUCCACAGCACCUUAUCAAAUGCCAUCAGUGUUGUUUUUUUCCUUUAUUUUUUAUCAUUAUUUUACUAGAAUUGUAGUACACUCUUCCUUCUGUAUUUACCAUUCUCUCCCUCCUCUCUACCUCUCCUCUCUCCAUUUCACUUGUAUAUAAACCCCACCAUUUUCAGACUUGGUAGUCUGUAUAAACUCCUUUUAUACCUCAACUUUAGAACUGUUCUAGUGAGAGAGAAAAAAAGAAAUAUGAGAAAAUUGUAGUGUUCCUUAUUAGAAAAACAAAAACUAAUAAAAUAAUCUAGUGUGCUUUUGA